AUGAAGAUUAAACCAGAAAAAAUUAAUUUGUUUACUUCUCGAUUAAAACAAGAAGCCAAAUAUUAUUGUUCAAAAAAGUUUACUGAAAUCAAUGAGAAUUCUGAUAAAUCAAAAAUAAUAACAGAAAAAAUAGGACCAUGCCGUCCAAAAGUAUGGUGUGCAAAAUCCCCUCCAGUUUUAUAUGGAACUGAAAAAUUGAAAAGUGCUGCUAUAAAUUUGACUGAAGAAGAAAUUAUUGAUGCUGUUGGUAUAAUGGGUAUAGGAGGUUCUUGGGCACCAGAAGAUUGCAAAGCUAGACAUUCUGUUUGUAUAAUAAUACCUUACAGAGAUAGACAAGAUCACUUAUGGACACUUUUACAUAGGCUUAUACCUUUACUUAAACGACAACAGUUGGAUUUUAAAAUUUUUGUUGUUGAGCAGGUCAGUAAUGCAACUUUUAAUAAAGGUGCUAUAAUGAAUGCUGCAUUCUUAACCAUUUAUCGUAACUAUGGCCUUCGUAAUGCAGAUGAUUGGCACAAAGGAUUGUACAACUGUUACAUAUUUCAUGAUGUAGAUAUGCUGCCUGAAGAUGACAGGAACAUGUACAGUUGUUCAAAAUUCCCAAAACAUUUGUCAGUAGCAGUGAAUGAAUUUAAAUAUAAAUUGCCUUAUCAUCACCUUGUUGGUGGAGUAUUUAAUAUUAGACCAAAGCACUAUUUUCGUGUUAAUGGAUACUCUAAUCUUUUUUGGGGUUGGGGAGGUGAAGAUGAUGAUAUGGGAUACAGAAUUGAACAUGUGGGUUUACCUAUCACACGACCACCAGAACAUUUUGGACGUUAUACAAUGGUGAAGCAUAUUAAACGUAAACCUCUUGCUCAUGCUGUUCGCCUGAAAUUAGUACAUACUAGCCAAAAACGAUAUAAAUAUGACGGACUUAAUACAUUGAAAUAUAAAGUAUGCAGUGUUGAUUCAGAAAAAUUAUUUACUAGAAUAUUAGUAGAUGUUGGAGAUAUACCUGAUUAUGUGCGAUCUUUUGAAACUAAACAAUCUUCUACCAAAAAAAAAAACCAAUAG